GCAACAACGCAGCUUGUGUCUGUGCGAUUCUGUCCAUGUGCGCCAUGCAAGCUGUGCAACUCAGGCCCUCCACCCCCGCACCGUGUGCCCCGACGCCGCGGCUUCGCAGCGCCGGGCCCACGGCCUGGCCGCGGCAUGUGCGCCGCGGCGCGGGAGAGGUGGCCUCGCUGGCGCUUGGGCUGGCGUGCUGGCGAGCAAGGAGGAGCUAUAGUCGAAGAUGCCAGGUGCGUCUCCAAGCCUUCUAUGAGGCGACGCCUCGAGAAGGCUGCUCCUUCGGCGCCUCUGUGCGGGGCUUCAGCGUCAAGGAGUUCCUGGACGACGAGGACGCCAUGGCGCAGGUCCGCGAGGACAUGUACAAGCACCGACUCCUGAUUUUUCACGGCCAGACUGAUCUGACGCCAGAGGAUCACAUCAAGCUUAGCGAGCAUUUGGGCUCCUUGGACCACAUCCUCCACCGGCCCCACCCCAAAUCCCCGGACCCGCGGCUGCUGCGUGUGGCGAACGACGACCGUGAAGGCUUCAUGUCAGUGGGUACCAGUGGCUGGCACGUGGACGGCGUCAUGCUUCAAGCUCCGUUCGCUGCUCAGACGAUGCACCACUUGCACGCCAUAGAAGGGGGCGACACCAUGUUCCUGGGCAUGAACGAGUUGUACGACUCCUUGGACGAAGACUUCCGGGACCUUUGCGACCGGCUGUGGUUCGUGUCAGGUGUUGGGGAAGACCUUCAGCAAGGAGAAGGGCAGAUGUCCUUGCUGCCCUUGGUCUAUGAUCACCCCUUCACCGGCGACAAGACCAUGUGCUUUCACCUAGGGCAGACCUACUGCCUGGGCUUCGUGGAAGAGGUGCCCUUGAACCUCGUGAUGCAGGUGGUGGCCAACGUCAUGACCCGCGGGGACGGGCUGCUGAAAGGCGCCGGCGCGGCGCUGAAGAAGCACCUGGCGGGGCCCAGGGACGACUGCAGCUCGCAGUUCCGGUUCCUCCCUGCCGUGCCAGUCCAGGAAGCGAUUCAGAAGGCCAUUGAUGCCAUGGACCCGGACACUCGCGCUCGGGCCAUUGCCCGGAUUGAGUGGGACAGAGGAGACUUGGCACUUAUCGACAACAUGGCGCUGGCGCAUGUGCCUGUCCCGGGCACGCAGACGCUGCCCCUGGUCAGCGGACUGCGAGUCUUCCAUAGGACCACAAUGACCAAUUCGGAGGCCAUCCCUCGGAAUCAGAGGGGCGCCCCCUCAGUGCUGCUGGCUGGCAAGCGUCGGGAAGGCCCGGUCUCUGACGACGCCUUUGAGGAUCCAGAGAGCAUGCGGGACAUCCUGCGAGCGCUGAUGGCGGCCACGCCCAUCAACAUGGAUGAGCUGGGAGGCGACCAAAGAGGAGGCGAAAUCCAAAUGCCCAAGAGCAUCCCGGCGAGGGAGGAGGCGCUCAGAGCCCUGGAGGAAUCCCAGCAGCCCCUAAAUCUGCUCAAAGCGGUGGACGAAGAGAUCGAGGCUGCGAACGCUAACGGCCGGGAGGCCUUGACCAAGACUCUGAAGAGGCUCAUGGCUCAGUACCAUCCGGACCGGAACCAAGACCAGGAGAAGGCCACAGUGCCCAUUUUUAGGUACCUCCGGCGCCUGCGGAAGGAGCAGGGACGGCCCGCCAGCGUCAUGGCGCCCACCAAGGAUCGUGUGGUCGACCGCCUCCGAAAAAAGGCGUCGAAAAUCGCCCUUGGGGUUGGCGAAGGCGUUGCUGGGUGAGAGCACUGAGCCUCCUGCUUGCCUGGCACCCCGGGGCAAGAUUUCUGCCGUUGGCGCUUACGGCUU